ACUUCUUGAGAUUGACAAGCAGAUCCCGCAAACCAAAAUAAAUUAAUAAAUUCACCCCAUGUACAUACCUUCUUCAAUAAAACCCUUUUCAAAGGCAAAAAUAAGAGAAAAAUUCACCACCAUCUUUUCUUCUGUUGAUAGAUAGGAAUAGAGACAUACAAGUAGAAAUAAUUUUUUUUCAUAUUUGUUAAUUUAAUUUUUUGUUUUUUUCCCUUUUUCAUUGAAAGCUGUAAGUAAAUUGCAAGCUCUUGCCAAGGAGGGGGGGCCAAAGAAGAGAAAGAAAAGAAGAAGCUGCGUGUAUCUAAAAUCAUAUAUGCUGGGUUGUGGUGACACAAGCGUCAGUGUCCUCGGAAGCAGCAGCGGCGGUGGCGGUGGCGACGUGGCUGCUGCUGCUGCUGUUGCUACCACGGUUAGCAGCAGCGGAGCUCUCGAUGGAAGGAGUGAAGCUGCUGCCAACAUGCUUGGCUCCAACGGCAAUAAUAACAAUAACAACAACAACACUAAUAAUAAUUCAGGUGACGAUGAUAGAGGUAGGGUUGAUGAAGGUGACCGCUCUUUCGGAGGCAACCGAUGGCCGAGGCAGGAGACUUUGGCACUCUUGAAAAUAAGGUCCGACAUGGAUGUUACCUUUCGUGACGCUAGCGUGAAGGGUCCAUUGUGGGAAGAGGUUUCCAGGAAACUAGCAGAGCUUGGUUAUCAUCGAAGUGCCAAGAAAUGCAAGGAGAAAUUCGAGAACGUGUACAAGUAUCACAAGAGAACCAAAGAUGGGCGAACUGGUAAAUCAGAUGGCAAGGCUUAUCGGUUUUUCGAUCAAUUAGAAGCCCUCGAAAACAUUUCUUCCAUUCAAUCGCCGGCUGCACCACCACCACCAUCACCACAAUUAAAGCCUCAACACCAAACGGUAAUGCCAGCAGCCAAUCCUCCCAGUCUGUCCCAUAUCACUAUUCCAUCAACAACACUCGCCAGUUUGCCACAAAACAUUGUACCACCAAAUGCAAGCUUUACAGUCCCGUCCUUCCCAUCAACAAACCCUACAAUUCAACCCCCACCACCCACAACAAACCCUACAAUUCCUUCUUUUCCUAACAUUUCCGCAGAUCUAAUGUCGUAUUCAACGUCUUCUUCGACCUCCUCAGAUUUAGAAUUAGAAGGCCGGAGGAAAAGGAAAAGAAAGUGGAAGGAUUUUUUCGAGAGGCUAAUGAAGGAGGUGAUUCAGAAGCAGGAAGAUAUGCAGAAGAAAUUCUUGGAAGCAAUAGAGAAACGUGAGCACGAAAGAAUGGUCCGUGAAGAUGCUUGGAGGAUGCAAGAAAUGGCAAGAAUAAAUAGAGAACGCGAGAUAUUAGCCCAAGAAAGAUCCAUAGCUGCUGCGAAGGAUGCAGCAGUAAUGGCGUUCUUGCAAAAAUUAUCUGAGCAGCGAAAUCCGGGGCAGGCACAAAAUAAUCCACUGCCGUCUCAGCAACCGCAACCGCCUCCACAGGCUCCACCACAGCCAGUACCAGCAGUGGCAACAGCAGCGCCUCCAGCCGCAACAGCAGCACCAGUGCCAGCGCCUGCUCCACCACUAUUACCGCUGCCAAUGGUGAAUUUAGACGUGUCAAAGACUGAUAAUGGCGAUCAAAGUUACACACCAUCAAGCUCUUCAAGAUGGCCUAAGGUUGAGGUUGAAGCAUUGAUUAAGCUAAGGACUAGUCUUGAUGCUAAAUACCAAGAAAAUGGUCCUAAAGGACCAUUAUGGGAGGAGAUAUCAGCUGCAAUGAAAAAGCUUGGUUACAAUCGCAACGCCAAAAGAUGCAAAGAGAAAUGGGAGAACAUAAAUAAGUACUUCAAAAAGGUGAAAGAGAGCAACAAGAAAAGGCCUGAGGAUUCAAAAACAUGUCCCUACUUUCACCAACUUGAUGCCUUAUAUAGAGAAAAGAACAAACUUGACAACUCCUCCAAUGAAUUAAAACCCGAGAACUCAGUCCCAUUGCUGGUACGCCCAGAGCAGCAAUGGCCCCCUCCUCCUUCGGAGCCCGAUGACCACCAACAUGAUCAUGCCACGGAAGACAUGGAAAGCGAGCAAAAUCAAGACGAAGACGAAAAAGACGGCGAUGAUGAGGAGGAAGAUGAAGGGGGUGACUAUGAGAUUGUAGCCAGCAAACCGGUUUCAAUGGGCACAGGUGAGUGAUAUCAGUGUCAGAAGCAAACCAGCUAGCACUGUCAAAAUUUCAAUGGCCACAUGUCAGGCAGAUAAAUGUCAAGAAGCAAUUCUUUUGAGUCGAUGUUCCAGCAGCUAUCUGCCCGGCUAGUGGGUCAGGAUCCGGCAACGGUGCAUUGGAGUGGAGGCAUUUGAAUUGAAUUUUUAUAGGUCAGUACACAUUGGUGGGGUUGUAGCAUGCAUAUAGUCAGUGGAAUUAUAUGUUUAUUUUCAUUAUUAUUUAUUUUUUUUGGCUAAAUAAAUAAGUUGAGAGGGAGAGGUAGAGAUAGAGAGUUUCAUAUCAUCCCACAUAAUAAACAGGAAAACAUAAAAGAGACUAGUACUGUUCAUGUUCAUGGUGGUGUAAAUGUUAGAAAUGGUAAUUUUCUUGCGUUUGUUUCUUUC